AUGCUUGGGAAUCACAAUAUUCAAGGUCAACCUCGAGCUGUGAGCGAAACACAUGUUGACAUCAACUUAACUGUUACACCACCGCCACGAUACCCUGAAGUGGCCAUUCAACCUAGCUUGGAAGCUGACGAGGCCAAACCAAGCCUUGUCAAGCUAUGGUUCCACGUCUAUACUCCGAUCCCGAAGACCAAGGCUGAAAAACAAGCCGGAACCGCCCAGAAGUACAUCGAUCUCACAAGUGAGCCGGCUUUCAACUCUGUCAUUCAAAUCCACGGGGCUACACUCGUCGAUGUCAAAGAGGCCGUCUUUGAUGCUUGUGCUGAAGUCAAAGCGGUAUGUGGAUCGCUUCUCAGAGAGGCUGAUCUAGAUGGUAAGUUGGCAUUCAAAGGCUACGUGGCUGGCCGUGGACCGUUUCUCAAGUCGGCCUUGAAAAUGAUUGCAUCGGAGGUGGUCCUUGACCAGUUCAAGGAAACCAUGAAGGCCAACAAGGGUAAAGAAGUUGAUUUCAAACUUUUCAUUGAUAAUCCAAAGACUGCCAAUCGUCUAAAAUCAAAGGAGGACACUUUUGAUCGAGCCACUCUUGACAGUCAUCCAAAUUCAUUGGCUCCUCAUCGAAUCGAUGAAUUAGAAAUGCACAUAAAAUGGCAGCGUAUCCGAGUCAAGCUCAUGCAGGACUAUGGAUGUGUCUCAAUUGGCGGUUGGGAGUGUAUGGGGCUUAUCAACCCAGAAAAUACCAACGAGGCAGUCCACUUGAGCCAUUUGAUGAUGGAUACUUGGGCAACUGCAUUGUUCAAACGCAAACCUGGAGCAACCGAGAUGGUGCCUCCCAAGCUACCUGAAUUCCGAUUUUGCCGCAUUUCCAACCAACCUGGUCAUCCUCAUGGACAACCUGCUGCCCCUGCCGAUAACGUUCAAACUACUUCACAAAUUCCCAACAAUCGUACCGAGUCACCUAUUCCAGGUCCUCCUCCACCUCUCAAAGACUUCCUUACUUGGGCCAAGAUUUCACCAGACGAUGAAAACACCCGUGCCCUUCUCAAGAAGCUCGACAUCAUUGAUUACAAAGCAUUCCUUUCGCCCUCUUUAAAUGUUACAACCCUUGCUGCGUUGGGAUUCGCGUAUGGAACCGCAGUACGUUUACAUGAUCAAGCCCCACUUUAUCAAGCUGAACUCAAGAGACGCAAGAAUCCCGGCUUUUGGGAUUGA